GGAGUUGGAGUCAGUGUGUUCAGGAGGAGGGGAAAAAAACACAAAACAAAAAGCCAAGAACGGAAACCAUUUCCUGAGCCAGCUCUCAAGAAAAUGGCCUGCAUAGAACUUCCAAAGGUGAAACCCGGUAGAGACAAGCCUGGAGUUAUGCCUCUUGACUUAGAAAUGGACCUGAAAUCCAAUAUGGAAGACAGUGACUGGUUCCUGAGGAAGCUGUGUGGAAGGGCUGCUGACACGGGUCUAGACUUGAACAGCUAUGGAUUAACAGCAGUGGAUGUGAAGGAAACUGACUUGGAAGAACUGGACGUUUCCUGGAACGAUUUUGCCAGGGGGGCCCUCCACAUGCUCACUCAGCAAAUGCAUCCUGUCAACAAGUUAAAAGUCCUGAGGCUGAGUAGCUGCAGACUAACCACUGAGGACGUUCAAACACUGGGAGGUGCCCUUGAAAUGACACCUGAACUCGAAGAACUAAGUCUGUCGUGGAACAGCCAGGUGGGAGGGAAGUUGCCUCGGGUUCUCCACACAUUCCAACAAGGGAGCAAGAUUCGAACACUUGAACUUGUGGACUGUGCCCUCACGUCACAGGACGGAGUGUUUGUGGGUCACUUGCUACCCAAGCUGCAGAGCCUCCAAGUAUUUGACCUUUCCAACAACAGAAAUAUUGGCAGCUGUCUAGAGGUCAUAGCGCAAGGAUUAAGAAGUGCAUCAGGCCUAAAGGAACUGAAGUUGCGUUCCUGUGGAUUAUCCCAAAAGAGCAUCAGACUACUGGAUGGUGUCUUUGCAUCCUUGGAUGUGCUGAGGAUACUGGACCUCUCCUGCAACAAGGAACUGGGUGGAGGCUUUGAGGAUGUGCCUGCUCAGCUGGCAUCACUGAAGCAUCUGGAAGUCCUGGACCUUCACCAGUGCUCACUGACAGCAGGAGAUGUGACAUCAUUGACUCAGAUUAUCCCUUUACUCUCCAACCUGGAAGAACUGGACUUGUCAUCCAACAGAGACGUGGGCGGCUCCUCAGAGAACCUACUCUGCAGGCUCCGGUUUUUACCAGCACUGAAGUCCUUGCUGAUUAACAGUUGUGCUUUACAAAGCGAGGCUUUCGCAGCCCUUGCAGACGCCUCUGUGUACCUCCCAGCCCUGGAGAUACUCAACCUUUCCUGGAAUAAGUGUGUUGGUGGGAACCUGGAGCUGCUUCAACAAACACUACAUUUGUCAAGGUUGCUUCGAGUGCUACGUCUGAGCAGCUGCUCCCUGGUGACAGAGGAUGUGGUUCUCCUGGCCUCUGUCAUACAGUCAGGUCAUUUAGCGACACUACAGAAGCUUGACCUGAGCUACAAUGACGGUAUCUGUGAUGCAGGAUGGGCCAUCCUCUGCCAAAACCUCUGCUUUCUUAAAGAGCUAACUGAACUAGACAUUAGCCUUCGACCCUCAAGCUCCCAAGAUUGUGGACAAUGGUUUAGCCACUUACUAUGUGCUGUGACCCAACUUCCUGUGAUCACUGAGAUAGAGAUGAGAAGAUGGGUCAUCCCAGCCCUCCAGGAAAGAGAACUAGACUGCUUCACCCAGGACCACCAAAGGGAGAUUCGAUUUGACCACGGUGGGUUUCAGCGUGCUGCUUUGUAAACAAUGAACAACUCCCCAAAGGAGAACACUGUGAACGAAUCCUGCCGCCAGCUGUGCUCAGCCUGUAGUUGUUUAGUAGCUUUUGUGUUGUAAAAUUUUUGUAAUUAUAUGUACAUAACAGUGGUUCUCAAUCAAGGCUCAUGAUACCUUUGAGGGUCAAAUGACCCUUUCACAGGGGUCACAUAUCACACAUCCUGCAUGUCAGAUAUCUACAUUAUAAUCCACAACAGUAGCAGAAUUAUAGGUAUGAAGUAGCAAUAAAAUAAUUUAUGGUUGAGGGGGUCAUCAAAACAUGAAGAACCUGUGUUAAAGGGUCUCACUAGGAAAUUUGAGCCAGGUGUGGUGGCGCACGCCUUUAAUCCCAGCACUUGGGAGGCAGAGGCAGGUGGAUUUCUGAGUUCGAGGCCAGCCUGGUCUACAAAGUGAGUUCCAGGACAGCCAGGGCUAUACAGAGAAACCCUGUCUCAACAAAAACAAAACAACAAC